CUCUGUUUCCUUCAUAAAUUCAUAAUAAACAGAGUGCAGAAAAAGGAAACAAGAAGAUAAAGAUUUAGUUUAACCAUUUUCUGAAAAUGAGUAAUUCGUGGGAGCAUCGUUACAGGAUGGAUCUAUUGAUAGUGAAUCUUCGUGAGAGUAGUAUUCGCGGAAAUGUUCUUGUUGAACUCAACAAAUUCAUCAUACAUCAAUCAACUGAAGCAAUGCGCAUGGAUCUUGGAUUUCACUUGUGGAACUCUGAACUUACACUCCCCAUACUUUUACAGGAAGUAGUAGCAGUGUACCCCAAACUUUUAGACCCAACAAUAUUAACUAUGACGGAAACUACUCGACUUUGUAAUGCUCUUAAUGUAAUUCAGUGUAUGGCUUCACAUCCAGAUGCAAGAAUCGGCCUCCUCAGAGCAAACAUACCAUAUUUUCUUAAUCCAUUUCUCCAAGUUUCUGAAAAUGUGAUGAGGCCUCUGCAAGGUGUGACGCUUAGCAUCUUGAAUCUUAUUGCUGAACUAGCAAAGUUUGAUGAGUCAUAUGGGCAAGAAAUUCUUCUUUUAUUGCUAGACACACAAGUAGUUCAUUUAUGCCUGCACUGCAUCCUUCAUGGUCAUCAACAGAUACGGAAGGUUGCAACAUUCAUACUUGUGAAAAUCUUGAUGCAAGAGAAAGGGCUAAAAUAUUGUUGUGCUCUCCCCGCUCGUUUUCUGUUAGUGAUACAAGUCCUGCAUCAACUGGUAGACAAAUUUACUUGUGAUGAAAUCCCUUGCUCACAGCAGAUAAAAUAUGUUGUUCAAUGCUACCUAAGUCUUUCGCGAGUAGCAUGGGUAGGCGGGAUAUAUGAUGCAGUGAGAACCUAUUUUCCACAACAGCUAAUUGACAACACUUUUGGCAACAUUACUCGUGACGAUCCAGAGAUUCCAAAUAUGCUGCAUCAGCUAGUGUUGAAUCUAACUCGUCAACCACCACAAUUAUUGGUAGCAGAAGUGUUGGGAAGGAAUAGUAGAAAGAGGUAGCAUAUAUAGAGAACAAUUUUGCAGCUUUACUAUAUAAUGAUUUUGAAUAUGAACCUCUAACUAGUCUUACUGCUUGCUGAAUGAGCAUUCUCCUUUUGCUAUUUUCCACAAAAUCAUAAAUUGUACAUCUACAUGAAAAAGACGACUAGCAGCCAAGGGUCUGGCUUAGUGAUCGAUAAAGUGAAUUGAGCACCAU